GAAUCAAGAUAGAUGGAAAUCAACACAGAAUUACUCUGUAGAGGAUAGUGGGCUAUUUAUAUAAGAACCUCCCCGCUGAAGUCAUUGUUGGUCCCGCCUGUCCCUUUUUGGAACACCCUAUCAUCUUCUUAGACAACAACACGCUUCAAGGAUACCUCCUAACUUCAGUCCACCACUAUCUAUCUAUCUACCUCUUCUUUACGGUCAACCUUCUUGCAGGCUAAUCCUCUAAUGUUCAUUAACAUUUAAUACUGCAGUUUUUUAUCAUUUCUUCUUGGAGUUACUAGGUUUCCCAGCAUGCAGGUCGCUGAGAUUCUAUCGGACCUCACGUCUCUACGAGUUUGCGACUACAGUGAUGCUCUCGCUCUCGUUACCGCGAACAAGAAGGUGUCUGGGGGUGGCCUGCUGGAGAAUUCCACCAAUGUAAAGGAGCCAUCCAGCCGGAAUCAGGAGCUAGAACGGGCAAAAGAGUUGGUAGACCUGCAUUACGCGGUAAAAACAAGACAUGUGGAUGGGAAGGUGGACAAAGAGCUAUCUCGGGCAAGAGAAGAUGUGAGCCGAGUCCUCAGAGAGCUGUCGUUAUUCUGAGGCCCUUUAUAUUCUGUUUCUACAACUUCAUGAUAUCACGAGUUUAAUGCUUUCUAACGAGAUGAUCCACGAUGAAAUUGAUAUACACACAAUAUAUCCAAGCAAGUUCAAGUCAGA